GAACAUGACGAAUGUCUGUCAUGAAUUGGUAAUGUGUACGCAGCUACAUGUAGCAGUCCUGUGUAUUUAAUUUGUUCUUAGAAAGUUAUUAAAAAUGGCAUCUGCGAGUCAGAAAAUGGACUCGUUGCUAGCCACUCUUGUUGGAAUGGGGUUUACAUUGGAACGAUGCCAAGCAGCAGUAAGUUUUGGAAAGCUUACUGUUCAUGAUGCUGUAGAGUGGUUAUUGCAAGAUGAGAUUCCUAUGCAUUCAGCACCGACGCUGAGUCUUAAUAUACAAGGCCAAGAGACCCGACCACGAACGGAUGCAGGGAAUCACCCAAUCACCUUACCACCAGUUUCAUCUCCAUAUAGCUCCCCAAAGGCAACUACAGAACAACACUCUUCAUUAACAGAGGAUAAUAGUAAAUUUCUGCAAAAGGAUGUAGUCAGUCGAUUCUCACUGUCAGAGAGGAAGAAACAAGAGAAGGAAAAAUGGGAAACGGAACAGAGAGAGAAGGCAGCAGUUGAGGCACGCCAAGCGAGACUUCAAGAGAAGAAGGCAAGAAGUUACCUGUUGAAGAAUAUUGAAGCGGAUAAAGAAGCCAGGCAGGGUCUGAGUAAAGUAACCACUAGUCCCAAGAGCACACAUCAGCAGCAAGAGGCACUAGAGGUUGAGGAUCAGUGUUUCAAACCAACAUUAGCCUCUGUACCUCAUCCUGAGGCUGAUCAGAAGAAGUCAGGAGGGGGUUCACCAACCUUAGUCAGAGAUACACCAACCUCAAUUGGGGGUUCAGCAACUCAUGAGGAACCAGCCACAUGCGUACUUCAGAUAAGGUUACCAUCUGGACAGACCAUACGAGAGAAGUUUCUUUCAUCAGCAACGCUUCAGUCUGUGGAUGACUGCAUUAGGACUAAGCAAGCUGACUUGACAUCCAUUAAUUUUAUUCAGCCAUUUCCUCAUCGGCUGUUCACAACUCAGGAUGGUAAUUCAACUCUGGAAGAGUUAAAGUUGACACCCACUGGCUGUCUGGUGGUCAAAAUAGCACCACCACAAUCAUCAAGUGAUGACAGAGAAGGUAAUGAUGCAAUGGCACAGUCUGCCCCUCCUGAUCAGAGCAGUCCACCCCAACUACUUGAUGGUCAGCUUCCCCGUUCCUUGGUCAAUGCCAUUCUCCCACCACACCUUCUUCCUCAACCACCAGUACCCCUUCACCAAUGGGGCAGCGGACAAGCCCUUAGCCCAGAAAAUGAUCUGAGCGGAGAAGAGCAUGCACCAAUGGAUGUGGAGGAUGCCAUAGUGCAAGAUGAGGAAAUGGGUGAUGUUGAUCAGGAAGGUGAAAGGGAAGAGGAUAUGCUUUGGGGAGCCCCAGCUCCACCUCAACAUGUACCUUGGGGUCUACAGGAUGUACAAGGAGGAGGCAAUUAUGAUUGGGGAGGAGGAAACCGUCUUCAAGAUGGCAGGAGAAAUCUCAACUUUGACUAUGGCUUCAGAAAUGUUGAGCCUGGUGCCAAUGAUCCAGAGGGCGUACCAAGCCCACAGAGAGCGGCUGCAGCAGCGCUGUCAAGGCUAGCAGCCGCCACCGUGUCCCAGGCUUCCUCUUGUACCUCUAAGAGCCCAGAGAGACCAGCCUCAUCCCUACCAGCUUUACAAGAUCUAUGUCUCCACUGUGUCAGUAAACGCAUCGAGGGGAGAUCACAUCAACCUGUAACUACCCUGGAGGCAUUACCUCCACACAUCGCUAGCCAAUUAGUAGAUGAACUAAAGAAGUCUGCAACCCUCAGACCUAAGACACUUAAUUUGUUCUUGCCCUGUCAUCUUCAGCACUUGACGCUGGACUGCUACAAGUACACGACCAAUGAGCUAAUGCAAGCUGUCAGACUGCACAUCCACAUCAACAGACUCAGCCUAUGUGCAUGCCCCCUCCUCACAGACCAAGCAUUUGUCUCUAUCAGUAGUAUGAAGAAACUUCAGCAUCUGAACAUCAGUAACAACAAACAACUCACUGAUGGGAGUCUACAAUCAAUCAAAGAUCUAUCCAAUCUGGUGACCUUGAUUAUGGAGGAUACCUCAGUGAGUGAUAAAGGAGUCAGUGUUUUGGCUUCCUCAUCUAUGGUUCAUUUAACUCAUCUGAGUCUAAGUAGAACCAAUGUAUCCGAUAUUGUCAUUCCAUUACUAGCAGUGUUUCCAAAUUUGAAGAGUCUUAGCUUGGAAAAAACAAAAGUGUCCAGUCUACAAGGAAUUGCAAAUAUGACCACUCUAGGCUCCAUUAACAUUGCAAGGAACACUGUCACUGCAGAAGCAUUGGAUCAACUUGCUAACCUUCCUGACUUACAAGCUGUCAAUGUUAUGCUGCUAGAAGGCAUGACUGGAGACAAGGUGCUGCAUCAUCUCCAAGGUUUGGAGCUUAAGCAGUUACAGAUGCCAGACAGACAUACCACUACAAACAAUGGACUGUGCUUAAUUGCAGGUAUGCCACUAGUAGCAUUGGAUCUGACUGACUACAUUCACAUAACAGAUGAUGGUAUUCAUCACAUUGCUGAUAUGACAAGUUUGACAAAGCUGUCUCUCAACAACACCAAGAUAACGGACCUUGCCAUGACAUAUAUCAAAGGCUUAGUGGAAUUAAAGGAGCUGCACUUGGAUCGUACAGCUAUUACAGAUGAAGGAGCUAGUGUUAUUGGAUGCUUCAACAGGUUACAGGUCCUCAGUAUGGCUGCAACUCAGAUAAGGAAUAAGUUUCUUUGUUCCAAGGCAUUGAAUAGCUGCUCACAGAUGACUCGCCUCAACCUGAGUAGAACCAACGUGUCUAACCAAGGCAUCCAGUCUCUCCAGUUGCCACAUCUGUCCCUCCUCAACCUUGAUUCUACCUGCGUCACAAUGGAUGGUGCCAACCAGCUGCAUGGUUGUCCCAAUCUCAGGGUGGUUCGUACCAACAACCUCAGAGUCUAUAGGGGUGAUGAAGAUGAUAACUGAUCAGAGUGUUCAACAUUCAUGCACUCUUUGGAUAGUUAAUGGACAUUUUUAAAUAACUUUUUUUAUUAUUUGUUGUCUGCAUAUCAGCAUUAUGGCAAUCCACACUGUUUGAACAGAACAUGGAGCUUUAGUAUGUAAAGGUAGGGUCAUACAUAAGUUACGUCAAUGUAAUACUGAUUUAAGGGCAACAUUAUAAAGAAAGAUACAAUCAAAGUAACAAGCGAAAGUCUCAGCUGAAUACAUUGUCAACUUACUGAGAACUCAACAAAAACUGUAACGGUAUUUUCACAAGAUGUCAAGCCCAUCCAUGCUUAGCGAGUCGACAAGUGCUUACCAACAUAAAUCUGAAAAGCUAUUUAUUCAUAAAUAGUUUCUGUGGUUCUACAUGUAAACAGGAAUAUGUCUCAUAACAUAGCUAUGCAUACCUUGCAGGGAAAAAAGGGCUUGACACGCUCCUAGAGGUGUGAUGAAGCGCUAUGUAACAACCUAUGCUUAUAAGACAGUAGGGACCCUAACCUUGUAAUAUUAUUAUUGUUAGAGAUGUUAAAUUUGCAUCGGGGAUAAAGAAUAUUAAAUUUGUUUUUGACCCAUAUACCGAUGUGUGUUAGCACUGUAUACUCAGUACUUUCAUGAGUCCUGUACAAAAAUAAUACAGACAUGUUACUAGGGUGGGAUCCGAACCCACGACCCUUGCAAUUCUAGAGCA